UAGAAAUAUCUAAAACCGAAAAGUAAAGAUAUUUUAAUUUCAUGAUGAAUUGAAUAAAUUGCUUAUUUGAGCAAAGCAGCUUGGGGCGUUUGAGUUACCAGUUCAUAGGAGCGGCAAAAUCUUCAAAUGGCUGAUAGACUAUCAGGAGUGAUCACAUUUCUGGUUUUUCUAUAGAUCAGUUAUUUGUAAUUUCUAACCUUGCACUUAUACAAUACAAGUUGAAUUUUACGAAUAAAUCUGAUUCUGUAGGAAUUCAUAUUUCCCCUUUAAGCAUGCUCAUCAAUCUUUGCUUGGUAAUAUCACAUUGUGUUGGUAAGACCUAUUGAGUUCUGAGAAAAAUUUCGGAACUGGAAUCAUUUCAUGUGGAGAGUAGUUCUCAUGAUCAAAAGAAUGUUAUCGUCAGCUGAUUUUUAAUUUGUAGAAUUUCUUUCUUGAAACAUUCAAUCAUCUGAUUGGCUAUUUUUUUUUGUUGGAAAAGUCUGUCAUUCUAUAAGUUAUGUUUUAGUAUAUCUCAAUAG